AUGGUCAUUUCACUUUUGCCCGAAUCCAGCUCGUGUAUGACUGCAAUCAACAACAACCCAAUAUUCGUGGCCAAGGACAUGGAAAAAGACGAAGCUCAAACGAAUGCUUCUCAAACGAAACGACGAGAAGAAACCCCUUCUCCAAUUUUGCGCCAAACACCACCGAGUAGAAACCUCUCCGAAAACAAUCUCGGGAGCAGCCCCCAUCGGCAACUUCCAGAAGCAGCUUCAAUCCGAGUUCCUGUCCCUACUCUAGGCUCUCUCGAAAAUGGCUUUCCCGGUCUUCUCGGCGAUCCGAAUGCUCUCCGUCUUCUCCAAGCCUCGCUAAAUCUCCAGAGACAACGAAGCAUAAACCUGCCUCUAGAAGGCCUUCAAAGAUACAUCGGCACCUCCUCCUGGCCUCCUCCGACAGCACAAGCAGCUACGAGCACCGCCCUGCCAAUUCCAACACCACUUCUGACUAGCGCUGGUCUUUUGGCUCCAACUCCAGCCGCCUUACAGGAUGGAGGAGCAGCGAAUGGAGUCUUCAACCAGCCGCCGUUCGCAGACACUGGGAUGAUGCAAGCCUAUGCUUUCCGGUAUGGCUCUGCAGGACGAUUUCCAUCGAAUGGACACCGGAAAAACGCUACUCGAGAAAACACGGCGCCGUUGAAGAAAUGGUUGGAGGAACACAUGCGGAAUCCUUACCCAACCAAGGCGGAAAAAAUUACUCUUGCGAUCAUCUCAAGCAUGAGCCUUACCCAAGUGAGCACUUGGUUUGCUAAUGCUCGUCGCCGGCUGAAAAAGGAAAAUCGAGUGACUUGGGAAACGCCACGAGAAGCUAACGGCUCUGAUGAGCUAGAAGCUGAAACCGAAGAGCUAGAACGAUCAAGAGAAACCGACGCUCGAAACAACGAUCAGACAUCCUGUCCGUCGCCCCCUCGUCGAAGGUCACCAACAUUCUCGUCUGCUCCUACAGCUGCGAUUCCUUCUACUUUGCCCACGAUUCCCACUUUACCUGGCCUUCGUCCAGGACUUCUAGGAGUAGCAGCGCCGGGCCACUUGCCAUCGCUUCCGCCAGCGACCCAUCUCUACCACCAGCUGUUGAUGAAUCAGAUUCUAAGACCCGUUACAAGUCAGUUGCCCGCAGUGUCCGUGACUAGUUCCCUGGGCUCAAGUCCUCCAAAGUCAACAAACUCCGGAAUCACUGACCCACCCGUCCAGCCGAGAAGGAUAUGGUCUGUAGCUGAAGAAAUAGAACGCGCCAGAACUGAAAGUCCGGAAGAACAUCCGUCCGAAGGCGAGAGCGAAAAAGCAUAG